AUGAGCGCUUUAAGUGAGAGUACCCAGUUAUCGCCAAAUACACGGGGCUCUGUAUACCAGACCGAGCAGGGCACCAUUUAUUAUGGCUCUCGUCGUAAUGAGCACCAAUCGAAGCAAGCUCCCAAUGACGAUGAUAAAGGGCGGCAGAAAAUAUCACGCUCCAAAUCCGCAGGCAAUCGGCCUGUUACUGUCAGCUACUCGACAUUUGGGGGGCAACAAAACGAAUACAUGCCGUUAUUAUCGACACAAGAACUAGAUCAGCGGCAAUGGAUCAUUGAACCUGCUGAGUCUGGGUUUCUGAGACUUGUUCAAAACUUCGAUUUCAAGUGGUACGGCUCUACCAUGGGCACGGGCAUCGUGUCCAUUCUGCUGUUCACCUUCUCGAACAUUUACACCCCGGCUAGCGCAAUACUGUUUCGACUCAGUGUCAUCUUCUAUGCUUUCAACAUACUAUUAUUUUCUGCUAUCUUCGUGAUGACUGCAUUAAGGUACUUCUUAUACCCGAGACUGUUCAUCAUGAUGGUAAGCGACCCAGGCCAGGCAAUGUAUUUAGGUACCUUUCCUAUGGGCUUUGCGACUAUAAUCAGCAUGACCGUCAACGUUAUGGUCCCGCAAUUUGGGGAUUCCUGGGCUCAAGCCGCUUGGGUCUUCUGGUGGAUCGACGUAGCUGUUAGUAUGGCUACAGCACUCGGAGUCCCAUGGCUACUCCAGGUCAGACACCACGAAGUGACCGACCUCGGGAAGAUGACAGCUGGUUGGCUUCUCCCAAUAGUGGCUCCCAUCGUUGCGGCAGCUACUGGGAGCGUUGUUGCGUCAGUUCUUGACCCAGAUCGUGCACUUGUCACAAUUCUGACGAGCUACGUCAUCCUCGGAACUGGCUUACCGGCAGCCCUUUCAAUCAUCGUCAUCUAUUUCAUUAGGGUGGCGACCAAGAAGCUCCCACCAACGGAGCACAUGGUCAGCACUUUUCUGCCUCUAGGCCCUCUCGGUCAAGGCGGAUUCGCAGCCCAGAAACUUGGUGAACAAGCCCUGCGUAUAUUCCCACUAACUAGUACCUUACCUGCCAUAAACGAACAAGGAAGGCUGCAUGCUGGGGAGGUCCUAUACACCAUGGGCUUUCUGACUGCAGUUACACUUUGGGGGUUUGGCCUUAUGUGGUUGUUCUUCGCUUUGCUGUCAGUGACAAGACAAAAGGUCCCAUUCAGCCAGGGGUGGUGGGCGUUCACUUUCCCCUUGGGUGUCUUCGCUAUGUCCACUCUUACUAUGGGGUUGAACUUGCCUUCGCCUAUGUUCCAGGCUUUAGGCACGCUAUUUGGAUCGGUAGUCAUGGUAAUGUGGCUGGUGGUUGUUCGUAUCAUGGCAUCUAGGUUGCUUGGUGGUCAGGCGCAUACUAUCUUUUUCGCUCCAGAAGUUACUGGGGCGUAUAACAAGCGGCCAGAUAGACCAUUGUUGGAUAGAUGUGAAGAUAUAUAA